CCUCCAGUUGCUUCCAGUUUGACCUAAAGUCGCGAGGCUAACCCUUGCUCGAGGGUCAAAAAACUCUUAAAGUUAAAAAGUGUUCCUCCUCUUUUAUCAACCACGGUGACAGGGGUGGUGUGGUGGCUGAUUUUGUUAGAUAUUUCAGCGCAGGGAAAGGAAAGGGACGGAAACGAAAGGAAUUGGUGGUGAGGUAGGAGAAACGAUCAAUGGCGCCACCUCACGACGACAAAGCGGCGGCGGAAGUCAACGAUGAUUCAACGCCUAAACGCCCCAUUUCCAAUGUUCUCUUCAUCAUCGCUAUGCAAACCGAGGCGUCACCUCUAGUGAAUAAGUUUCAGCUCGUCGAAGAGCCUGAAUCCGUGUUCCCAAAGGGGGUUCCAUGGGUGAGGUACUACGGUAAAUAUAAAGAUUUGAACAUCAACAUUGUUUGUCCUGGAAAAGACAAAAUAUUGGGGGUUGACAGCGUAGGCACAGUUUCUGCAUCUCUUCUGACUUAUGCUUCUAUUCAAGCAUUGCAGCCAGACCUUAUAAUAAAUGCAGGAACUGCUGGUGGAUUCAAGGCAAAAGGUGCUUCCAUAGGUGAUGUAUUUCUGGCAUCAGAUAUUGCUUUCCAUGACAGAAGGAUUCCUAUCCCUGUAUUUGACCUGUAUGGUGUUGGCUCGCGUCAAGCAUUUUCCACCCCGAAUCUUGCAAAGGAGCUAAACUUAAAGGUCGGCAAAUUGUCUACUGGUGAUUCUUUGGAUAUGUGCCCACAAGAUGAAGCUGCCAUUGUUGCAAAUGAUGCAACUGUCAAAGACAUGGAGGGAGCCGCUAUUGCUUAUGUGGCACAUCUCUUGGAAGUCCCUGCAAUAUUUUUAAAAGCUGUGACUGAUAUUAUCGAUGGUGACAAGCCUACGGCUGAGGAGUUUCUGCAAAAUUUGGCAGCGGUCACUGCUGCACUUGAUCUAGCAGCAGCCCAAGUUGUUGAUUUUAUCAAUGGAAAGAGUUGCUCAGAACUAUAAUUCUCCUCAGUUCGAGCGUACCUCUGGAACAAUACCAUGAACUUCUUGAAAUAUCCUAGUUAAAUGAUAGUAAUGUCUUUCUUCUUUUUAUUUUUUUUUUAAUAUUUCUAGAGAUCAUAACGUCAUAGUAGUAUAAAGCCACAUAUCUGAAGAAUUUAUUAUUGAUGGCAAUGUAUUUUGUUUGCACAUCAGUGUGUACUUGCUACCUUGUUGAAACAUUUGGAGAUCACUCUGUCAUUGGAGCUCCUAUUUCUAUUCCA